AUGAACGAAGACCUCCAAGAGCGCUUCACGCGCUCGAAGAAGCCUGUCCGCGAUGAUGGCGGCCCACGGGGUUCCGCCCAGGUCAUGAUCCUACCGCCGAAGAUCAACGCCCAGGUCAGCGAAUAUUAUGUCGAACCUGUCGUCACAGACGGUGGAUGGCUCGCAAAGCCAGAAGUUCCCACCGCAGAGGAAGUCCUCGACCUGUAUGAUGAUGACAUCUCGUCUCCAGACGUUGUCGAGCUUCCCACAAACCGAGUCAAAGGAGCCUGGGAGUCCAAAGAGGAGUAUCUAUCGGCCCAGUAUCUUCUCAACCGUGAGGACUCGGUGCGAGGCCUUCGGGAGGCGGUCACAAACAUAAGACUGGACCCCGAUAAGACCGAAGAUUUUUUCGAUGGAAAAUUCGGCAUUUAUGAAAAGGUGCACAUUUGUGGCAUCACGGCAUCUCCUCGUGGCCUGGCUCACAGGAUCACCUUCAGCACGAGGCGUGCUGGUAAAGUGAUACUAUGGGAACAGUCCAAGAGAUUAAUCGCCGGCAGCUUGGUGGUGCUUACUCCUGCUAAAGACAAGUUCCAGUCGACAGCUAUCGUUGCUACCGUCGCGGCACGUCCUCUUGAGUACCUGAAACUGAACCCGCCAGAAAUUGACAUUUUCUUCGCCCGUUCCGAAGAUUUCGAGGUCGACCCUUCCAUUGAGUGGCUAAUGGUCGAGGACAAGGGUGGCCUGUACGAGGCCAAUCGCCAUACGCUACUGGCUCUACAACGCAUGAUGCGGGAACCCUUUCCUCUGAGUCACCACAUUCUCGACGCAAAGAUGGCCGUAGGUCCUCCGAAGUAUGUCCGGGAUCGCCCAGUCCUCGACCUCUCGAAAGUUCUGCACAAUACUGCAAAUCAGUCUUUUGAGAAUGUGGACGUUCUCAAUGGCUGGCCGUUGGAUGCCCAGAGCGUACUCGAUGAGUCACAGCUGGCGGCACUUCAACACAUCCUCACCAAGGAGCUGGCUAUCAUUCAAGGUCCACCAGGAACUGGCAAGACGCACGUGUCAGUCCAGGCCGUGAGGGUGAUGCUGGAUAAUUGGAAGCAAGGCGACCCCCCCAUCAUUGUGGCUUGUCAGACCAACCAUGCCAUUGACCAGUUCCUUCGCCACAUUGCAGCAUUCGAGCCAGAUUUCGUACGCCUUGGCGGUCGCAGCAAGGACAGAGACAUUGUCAAAAAGCGCACACUGUACCAAGUCCGCAUUUCGACUUCCGAGAACCCGCCAGCGGGCGGUCUCUACGGUAAGGCACGCAAGGUUAUCAGGGGCCUGGAGAAGCAAGUUCGGCUGCUCCUGGCGCCACUCCUGCCUACUCAUAAGCCGCUCGAUCAUCGCCUUUUGGAAGACUUCAAGCUUUUGACGCAGGCUCAGGCUGACUCGCUCGAUGCCGGCGCGGCUCGCUGGGUGCAAAGCAAGAAGUCGAAUCCGGUCGAGGCUCAAUCACCAUUUAUGGUGUGGCUUGGUGACAAGCUGAUCCAUGUUGAUCCCAAGCAACUCAACAACGAGCAUGGCUUUGAUCGCGAGGAGGCAGACCUCGAACAAGAGCGUCUGCGUGAAGAGGAGGCCGAGAAUGCUGCUCAAGACGACGAGGAGUUCGAAAAGCUGAGCGGCUCCUACUUCGACGUGGCUGACAACUUCACUUGCCGGAAAGUUCCUGGUGUCGACCACAAGGUCAAAGAAUUGCUCCAAGAGCAGGAUAUGUGGAAGAUCCCAGAGUCCAGCAGAGGUGCCGUGUAUCGCCACCUACAGUCCGCCGUCAAGCAGCACAUCCUGCCAGCUCUUCGAGAUCUGGCAAAGAAGUUCGACGUCGAGGCUCGUAAGCGCAGAAUCGGCCAAUUCGAGAGGGACGAACCAAUCUUGAAGAGACAGAAGAUCAUCGGCAUGACGACUACAGGUCUCAGCAAGUAUCGCGGGCUCCUCGCUGCCCUCCAGCCAAGAGUCGUCCUCAUCGAAGAAGCAGCAGAAACUCUUGAAGCUCCGGUGACCGUUGCCUGCAUGCCGUCACUUGAGCACCUCAUCCUUGUCGGCGACCAUAAGCAGUUGCGCCCUCAUACUCAUGUCAGCGCCCACGAAAACGAACCUUGGUUUCUGAACGUGUCUCUGUUCGAGCGCAUGGUCAACAACAAAGUCGAGUGGUCCACACUACGCAAGCAACGCCGCAUGAUCCCCGAGAUCCGCCGCCUCCUUCACCCAAUCUAUGGCAAUCUCAUCAAGGACCAUCCCUCAGUCACUGAUCCUGAAUGCCGACCUGACGUGCCUGGCAUGGGUGGCGUGAAUUCAUUUUGGUUCACUCAUAGCUGGACCGAGGGCCGCGACGACCUGAUGUCUUGUCACAACGAAGACGAGGCGAAAAUGAUUGCCGGAUUCGUUGAGUACCUGAGCUACAAUGGAGUUCAGCCCCAAGACAUCACGAUCCUUACAUUCUACAAUGGUCAACGCAAGAAGCUUCUGCAGGAGCUUCGGAGCCGCAUUGUUCUCCGGGAUUGCAGAUUCACAGUCGUGACUGUGGAUUCUUACCAAGGCGAGGAAAAUAAAGUAGUCAUUCUCAGCUUGGCACGUUCCAACGACCAUGGGCAAAUGGGCUUCCUCUCCGUCGAGAAUCGUGUCUGCGUUGCCCUUUCUCGUGCGCAAUGCGGCUUCUACAUCUUCGGCAAUGCCCUGUUGCUGCACAAGAUCGAAAGUGGCAAGACCUGGACCACAGUUAUGAACAUCAUGGCUGGCAAGGAGGUGAAGGAGAUGGAUGACAUGGAAUUGGUGCACCGUCAGCGUUUCAAUGCCUUCUUCACAGUACGCUGCAAGAAUCAUGGCAACGAAGUCCAGAUUCACCAUCCAGAUGAGUGGACUCUCCAUGGCGGCUGUAAGCAGGUGUGCCAAGCCCAGCUCCCGUGUGGUCACGAUUGCACCUUGCUGUGCCACCCCAUGGAUCACGAGGAUGUCAAUUGCACCAAGUGCAGAGGCAGGCCUGUUGGGAGCGUCGAUUCGAAAUUGACUGCUGCUAUCCAGGGCGCACCAGCAACCUUGUCAAAGCCCGCUUCUCGAGAGACGUGCAGCUCGGAGAACAGUUCCUGGCGCUCUUACGCUUCGUCAGCCCAAGAGCAGCACCACCAGGCCAUUGCGUCUUACGUUCCUCAUUCGCAGCGACCAGGCCACGCCGAAGAUCUCGUUAAAAUCAGUUCUUCGGGAAGCCUUUUCAGCAUCGACGCCGAUGUUGACAGACUCUCUCUUGGUCCAGAUAGUGCCUCCACCAUCACCCCUUCGUACAUCACUCAGGCUGAGCACAGGCCAAUGUAUAGGUCUGAUGGCGGUGCAGACAGGUCCGACAGUCCUGCCGGUGUUCCAAUGGGUGGCGGUGAUGGCAAGCGGUUUAAGUGGGCGGAAACCUAUCGACCAGCGGGACUACAGGCGCCCAAGGAGCCGAAGAAGGAUUUGUCGGAAGAAGUCAACUUGAUUGACUUUGAUGACGAUUGAGUGUCGUCGCGACUAAUAUUGGGAAUCAGCGCGAGAAACAAAGUGCUAUGGGAUCUUUGAUGAGGCAACGGCUUCGUCUCAUGCAUUGGUCAUAUUGGCACGGACUAUGACAGCAACAGACAUGGGCUUUCAAGCGCAUCGCUGGCUGACCCAUCCGCGCUUCUGUACAUGACAGAGCGUAGGCAGAUUAGACAUCAGACUGAGUAAGGAAC